AUGUACAUCUUUUUUUCUCUUUAACCCACAAAACAAACCCAUAUGAUUGAUGCAUUACACAUUUCAACCCACUCACCGGAACUAUCUCAUCUUUCCGGCCACCCCCUCUAUUUCUUGCAUACUAUCACUACACCAAUUAAGGAGUGAAUAAUGGGGCAUUUUUCGUCCAUGUUAGAUGGACUAGCAAGGACGUUUACGACGUCAAAAAGACGGACAAAUUCUAGUCAAUGUGGAGGAAAAGAAGCUGCAGAAGCCAUGGCAAAAGAUGCAAAGAAGAAUGAAAUGCUCUUAAGAUCUUCUGGUACAGUUAGUGUGAACGGAUCGAAUAAUUUUGCUUCUGUUUGCUCCAAAAAAGGCGAAAAAGGUGUGAAUCAAGAUUGUUGCAUUGUUUGGGAGGAAUUUGGGUGCCAAGAGGACUUAAUGUUUUGUGGGGUUUUUGAUGGUCAUGGUCCAUGGGGACAUUACGUUGCUAAGCGAGUUUGUAACUCAAUGGCAUCAUCGUUGCUUUGUAAUUGGCAAGAGAUGCUAGUUAAAGGUUCUUCAGUUGAUGAGGUUAAUGAAAAGGUUGAUAGAUUUAGUCUAUGGCAGCAUUCUUUUAUAAAGACUUGUGCUGAUGUUGAUCAAGAUUUAGUGAGAUACCGCAAAAUUGAUUCUGUUCAUAGUGGAACCACUGCAUUGACAGCCAUUAGACAGGGUGAUCAUCUUGUGGUAGCAAAUGUUGGAGAUUCUCGUGCAGUUCUAGCUACGGUUACUGAUGAUGGUUGUUUGGUACCGGUACAACUUACCGUUGAUUUUAAGCCAAAUCUACCUGAGGAGGCUGAACGGAUAAUGGAGUGCAAUGGGCGCGUGUUUUGCUUAGAGGACGAGCCUGGUUUGCACCGUAUAUGGCUGCCAAAUGAGGAAUCACCUGGUCUGGCUAUGUCACGAGCAUUUGGGGAUUAUUGUUUAAAAAAUUUUGGGCUAAUCUCUGUUCCUGAAGUUAUACAACGGCAUAUAACUAGCAGAGACCAUUUUAUGGUUCUUGCUUCUGAUGGGGUGUGGGAUGUUGUUUCAAAUGAAGAAGCAGUAGAGAUUGUGUCAUCGACAGCAGACCAGGCCAAAGCGGCCAAACGGUUAGUGGACUAUGCAGUCCGAGCAUGGAAACGCAAGAGGAAAACAAUUGCAGCAGAUGAUAUGUCAGCUGUUUGUAUCUUUUUUCAUAAUAAUGGUCCCUCGUCUCACCAAAUUCAUUCUGUAGCUACUCCAAAAUAAAAAUCUUCAAAGUUCUCUUA